GAAAAAUUUAGUACACACGCACUGGCGGAUGUAAAUUGGUCGCGGUCGCGGACAUGCUGCGGCGCCGGCCGCGUUCCUGAUUUUUCGCCCCGAUGGAGCUGAGACAGUACCAGGCGGCCAGCAAGCAGCAGGCGGCCGGCAAGGACGCGGCACUGCCGGUGGCCUCCGAGGCGGCCGCCCCCUUCACGGCCGCCUCGGGCCUCCUGUACGGCACGCCGCCCGCCGGCCACCACCACUUGUUCGGCGGCCGCAAGAUCAGCAAGUCGUUCACCAUCGACGCCAUACUUGGCCUGCACCACCACCAGGCCGGCGGCCAGCAGUGCUGGAAGGGCAAAGCCAUCGACGCGGUGGCCACCAAGGCCGACAUCGUCGCCUCCAUCGCGGCCGCCUGCCGCAACAACCUUAACAACCAUGCCAACAACGCUCAGGGAAAGGGAACGAAGCGGAAACACGAAGACGAGUACGGCUCGUCGAAACUGUCAGGCGGCGGCGGUGGCACGAAGAGCAAGAGGGUGCGGACCAUUUUCACCCCCGAACAGCUCGAGAGAUUGGAGGCCGAGUUCGAGCGACAACAGUAUAUGGUCGGCCCGGAAAGACUCUAUCUCGCGUCCACACUUCAUCUCACUGAGGCCCAGGUGAAGGUGUGGUUCCAGAACCGGCGGAUAAAGUGGCGGAAGCAGCAUCUGGAGAUCCAGCAGCAGCGACUGGCGGCCAUAAAACAACAGCAGCGACUGCAGCCGAGCCAGGAGGAGGAGGAGGAAGAAAGUUUCAGUUUGGAAAGUUCUGCUUCCGACGAAGGACAGCCCGAGGGUGGAAGCAGCAAUUUUUUCGACUACAUGAUGCAACAGCAGCAGCAGCCCCUGAACUAAAAUAUAACGGACCAAAAGGGACCCUUGUGUGUGUUCUGUGUGUACAUAGAGAGGUGCAUGCCUGCCUCGGCUCAACUUAUCAAAGAGUGUUGCGUCGAGCGCCGAGAGGUGGAUCAUUAAAUAUUCUAUCGACAUCACAUUAUGUAUUAGUGGAUGUAUGGCUGGAUUGACGGUGUAACUGUUCGUGUAAACUUAAUUCUCCACCGCCAGUAUGUAAUUCGUUCAUUCGUACCAUAAAUAGAGCUAUAAAACGUGUCUCUCAAACAAUCUGACUU